UGUGGCCUACUGGAUAGGGCACUCGACCUGAAGUCAGGAGAUCUGUUCCUAAUUCUUCCACUGAUUUGCAGUUUGACUUUGGGCAAAAUGUGAAAACCUUUGCAUCUUCAGAUAGUCUAACCAAGGUCCAAGAAGUAGCAAGCUGGCUUUUGGAAAUGAAUCAAGAACUGCUGUCUGUGGGCAGCAAGAGGAGACGAACUGGAGGCUCUCUAAGAGGUAAUUCUUCCUCAAGCCAGGUAGAUGAGGAUCAGAUGAAUCGAGUUGUGGAGGAGGAACAACAUCAGCACCAACAUUUACGACAAGAGGAGGAACACAUUGCAAGGAACGGGGAAGUUAUUGGUGCAGAACCCAGACAUGGAGACCAAAAUGAUUCCCAGCAAGAACACUUAGAAGAAAAUAAUAAUCGGUUUAUUUCAGUAGAUGAAGAAUCCACAGGUAUCCAAGAAGAACAGGAGGAUGAUGAGGAACAUGCUGGUGAACAAGAUGAAGAGGACGAAGAGGAGGAGGAAAUGGACCAGGAGAGUGAUGAUUUUGAUCAGUCUGAUGACAGUAGCAGAGAAGAUGAACACACAAAUAGUAACAGUGUCACAAAUUCCAAUAGUAUCAUGGACUUGCCUAUUCACCAACUUUCCUCCCCUUUCUAUACAAAGACAUCAAAAAUGAAAAGAAAGUUGGACCAUGGUUCUGAGGUCCGGUCAUUUUCUUUGGGAAAGAAACCAUGCAAAGUCUCAGAAUAUACAAGCACUACUGGCCUGGUGCCAUGCUCAGCAACACCUACCACGUUUGGGGACCUCAGAGCGGCCAAUGGCCAAGGUCAGCAAAGGCGCCGAAUUACAUCUGUCCAGCCACCUACAGGCCUUCAGGAAUGGCUGAAAAUGUUUCAGAGCUGGAGUGGACCAGAGAAACUGCUUGCUUUAGAUGAACUUAUUGAUAGUUGUGAACCAACACAAGUAAAGCAUAUGAUGCAAGUAAUAGAACCUCAGUUUCAGCGAGACUUCAUUUCGUUGCUCCCCAAAGAGUUGGCACUUUAUGUGCUUUCAUUCCUGGAACCCAAGGACCUGCUGCAAGCAGCUCAGACAUGCCGAUACUGGAGAAUUCUGGCUGAAGACAACCUUCUCUGGAGAGAGAAAUGCAAAGAAGAGGGAAUUGAUGAACCGCUGCACAUCAAAAGAAGAAAAAUCAUAAAGCCAGGUUUCAUACAUAGUCCGUGGAAAAGUGCAUAUAUAAGGCAACACAGAAUUGAUACAAACUGGCGGCGAGGAGAACUGAAAUCUCCAAAGGUGCUCAAAGGACAUGAUGAUCAUGUGAUCACAUGCUUACAGUUUUGUGGAAACAGGAUAGUUAGUGGUUCUGAUGACAACACUCUGAAAGUUUGGUCAGCAAUCACAGGCAAAUGUUUGAGAACAUUAGUAGGACACACUGGUGGAGUAUGGUCAUCACAAAUGAGAGACAACAUCAUCAUCAGUGGAUCUACUGACCGUACUCUUAAAGUGUGGAAUGCAGAGACUGGAGAAUGUAUACACACUUUAUAUGGACAUACCUCCACUGUUCGUUGUAUGCACCUCCAUGAAAAGCGUGUUGUCAGCGGUUCUCGAGAUGCUACACUUAGGGUUUGGGACAUUGAGACAGGCCAGUGUUUACACGUCCUCAUGGGUCAUGUUGCUGCAGUCCGAUGUGUUCAGUAUGAUGGCAGGAGGGUUGUUAGUGGAGCAUAUGAUUUCAUGGUGAAGGUGUGGGAUCCAGAGACUGAGACUUGUCUACACACGCUGCAAGGGCAUACUAAUAGAGUAUAUUCAUUGCAGUUUGAUGGCAUCCAUGUGGUGAGUGGAUCUCUUGAUACUUCAAUCCGUGUCUGGGAUGUGGAAACAGGGAACUGCAUUCACACAUUAACAGGCCAUCAGUCAUUAACUAGUGGAAUGGAGCUCAAGGACAAUAUUCUUGUCUCUGGAAAUGCAGAUUCCACAGUUAAAAUCUGGGAUAUAAAAACAGGACAGUGUUUACAGACGUUGCAAGGUCCCAACAAACAUCAGAGUGCUGUGACCUGUUUACAGUUCAACAAGAACUUUGUAAUUACCAGCUCAGAUGAUGGGACUGUAAAACUGUGGGACUUGAAAACGGGUGAAUUUAUCCGAAACCUAGUCACAUUGGAGAGUGGGGGGAGCGGGGGAGUCGUGUGGCGGAUCAGAGCCUCUAACACAAAGUGGUGUGUGCAGUUGGAAGCCGCAAUGGGACUGAGGAAACAAAGCUGCUGGUGCUGGACUUUGAUGUGGACAUGAAGUGAAGAGCAGAAAAGAUGAAUUUGUCCAAACAUGUAGAAGAUGUACUCCCUGCCCUUCCCCCCUGCAAAAAAAAAAAUCCCUUGUUCUCCGUGGUGCAGGAUGUUGGCUUGGGGCAACAGAGUGUAGAGACCUACAGACGAAAGGGAAGACGACGAGAUGACAAACCAUACCUGACAAGCAAGGCAUCUGCUGUCUCAUCAUGUACAAGGCUUCACUUUGGACUGGGGGCAGCUUUGCAAAAUGUGACUUUCUAAAUCAAACCAGGUGCAAUUAUUUCUUUAUUUUCCUCUCAAGUGGUCAUUGGGCAGUGCGAUGCUGAAACCUUGUUCCAAAUCCUGCUAACCUGUUCUUUUACCACCGAGGUCUAGAAAGGAGCUGCAAUAACAUCGAAAUGUGGGCUGGUUGCCUUUUCACAUUAGAGCAUCUGCAACAAAAAAGUCAUUUCUGGAGUGGAAAAGCUAAAAGUUUUUACUGUGAAUUGUUUUUGUACAGUUAUCAUAAAAAAGCUUUUUUUUUUUUUGCCAACCAUUGCCAAUGUCAAUCAAUCACAGUAUUAGCCUCUGUUAAACUAUUUACUGUUGCUUCCAUUUACACUCUUCAAUGCAUAUGUUGCUCUGAGGUGGCAAGUUGUCCUGGGUUCUGUGAGUCCUGAGAUGGAUUUAAUUCUCGAUGCUGGUGCUAGAAGUAGGUCUUCAAACAUGGGAUUGUUGUCCCACCCCUGUACUGUAUUCCCAGUGGCCAAACUUAUUUAUGCUGCUAAAUGAAAGAGAAAAAAAAGCAAAUUAUUUUUUUUUAUUUUUUUUCUGCUGUGACGUUUUAGUCCCAGACUGAAUUCCAAAUUUGCUCUAGUUUGGUUACGGAAAAAAAAAAGACUUUUUGCCACUGAAACUUGAGCCAUCUGUGCCUCUAAGAGGCUGAGAGUGGAAGAGUUUCAGACAAUAAAGAGUGAAGUUUGCCUGCAAGUAAAGAAUUGAGAGUGUGUGCAAAGCUUAUUUUCUUUUUUCUUUUCUGGGCAAAAAUGAAAAACACAUUCCUUAGAACAAAGCUAUUCCAGCCUGUUCUGUUGGGAAACUUUUCUUUUUGAGGGCUGUGGUGAAUGGAAUGAACAUACAUAAUAAAACUGACAAAAUAUUUUUUAAAACUAUAAAACACAAAAUGAAAAUAAAGUUGCUGGUCAGUCUUAGUGUUCUACAGUAUUUGGGAAAAAACAACUGUUACAGUUUUAUUGCUGUGAGUAACUGACAAAGCAGAAACGAUUCCGUUUUUGUAGUAAAGGCGUCACAUGCAAACAAACAAAAUGAAUGAAUAAGUGGAAUGGUUUUGCCUCAUUCUCCAAGAGCCACAACUCAAGCUGAACUGUGAAAGUGGUUUAACACUGUAUCCUAGGCGAUCUUGUUUUUUUAUUCCUCCUCCUGUUUUUUGUUUUAUUUAUAGUCUGAUUUAAAACAAUCAGAUUCCAGUUGGUUAAUUUAGUUAUGUAACAACCUGACAUGAGGGAGGAAAACAACCUUUAAAGGGAUUGUGUCUAUGGUUUGAUUCACUUAGAAAUUUUAUUUUCUUAUAACUUAAGUGCAAUAAAAUGUGUUUUUUCAUGUUA